CCGCACGGGAAGUAUAUGCGCCUCUGGGUCUCCCUGUUUCAGUGGAACAUCGGUGGGUUAGGGGUUCUUUCUCUGUGACUUCUCCUGGAUGUCACUCGGCCAGCAGCAGCUUCCCGAGGGCGUGAUGACCGACGUCCUCGCCCAAGGCCGAGCCGCCUGUUACAAGGCGCGGGACGCCUUCUAUGCGUGCUUGGAGAAGGAGGCGGACAAGAAGCCCACCGAGGUCGCCACCGUCGGCCUCCUCUACCCCGCGGAGUGCAAGGCCUCCCGAGCCCACUUCGUCAACCAAUGCCGCCCCACCUGGGUCAGGCACUUCGAUCGGCAGUAUUGUGCGAAGAAGAGGGUGCAGAGGCUUCUUGACAGCGAUGAAUCCCGGAGAGGCCCCAUCUCCCUCCCUCAGCCGUACACCUUCAAACCCUAAUUCUUUUCCCCCUACACCCCUUUCUUGAUCUUAUCGUUCUGUUAUUGGUCACGUCUUGAGUUAGUUUCGUCGAGAUGUUGUAUUGUUCUAUUAAAUCUUUCAAGGAUAGGCGGUUCUUGAUUGUAGACCUGUCAAGAAGUUUAUUUGUGUCUGUUGUCUUGUUGUUACGUUCUUUAUAAAUAUAUCCAUGAAUGGUGAUGUGAAUCUAGCAAUAAGGGGGAAAAGGUAGUUUGCUAUU